GCCGGGCAGCCGGGCCGGCGGGGGUCGCCCGGGGGCGCCUGAGGAGAAAGGAGGAGGAAGAGGAGGAGGAAGAGCAGCGGCCGCCCAGGAAGGUUUUUAAGCUUUUAAGGAGUGACAAAAGCUGCACACCAUUAGUGCGGGAAGAUGAGUGAACUCGAUCAGUUACGCCAGGAGGCUGAACAACUAAAGAACCAAAUCAGAGAUGCUAGGAAAGCCUGUGCUGACGCUACUUUGGCCCAGAUCACAGCCAACAUUGAUCCCGUGGGUCGUAUUCAGAUGCGCACUAGAAGAACACUGCGAGGACACUUGGCCAAAAUUUAUGCCAUGCACUGGGGGACUGAUUCCAGGCUUCUGGUUAGUGCAUCACAAGAUGGAAAACUGAUCAUUUGGGACAGCUACACCACAAACAAGGUCCAUGCCAUCCCAUUGCGUUCCUCUUGGGUCAUGACCUGCGCAUACGCCCCUUCCGGAAACUACGUGGCCUGCGGUGGUCUCGAUAACAUUUGUUCCAUUUACAACUUGAAAACACGCGAAGGCAAUGUCCGGGUCAGCCGGGAGCUGGCCGGCCACACAGGAUAUUUGUCCUGUUGCCGGUUUGUGGAUGAUAAUCAGAUUGUGACCAGCUCUGGAGACACCACUUGCGCCCUGUGGGACAUAGAAACCGGACAGCAAACGACCACGUUUACCGGCCACACCGGCGAUGUCAUGAGCCUAUCCCUCGCUCCGGAUUCCAAGUGUUUUGUCUCUGGUGCCUGCGAUGCCUCAGCCAAGCUGUGGGAUGUCCGAGAAGGGAUGUGCAGGCAGACCUUCACCGGCCACGAGUCGGACAUCAAUGCCAUUUGUUUCUUCCCCAAUGGCAACGCUUUCGCCACUGGCUCCGACGAUGCCACAUGCCGGCUUUUCGAUCUCCGUGCCGACCAAGAGCUCAUGGUCUAUUCCCACGACAACAUCAUCUGUGGCAUCACCUCCGUAGCAUUCUCCAAGAGCGGACGCCUCCUGCUAGCCGGUUAUGACGACUUCAACUGCAACGUGUGGGACACGCUCAAAGCGGACAGAGCAGGCGUCUUAGCUGGCCACGAUAACCGCGUCAGUUGCUUAGGUGUGACAGACGAUGGCAUGGCGGUGGCAACAGGAUCGUGGGAUAGCUUCCUCAAGAUCUGGAACUGAAGCCUGAAAGUCCGUGGACUCCCCGCUGAUCAGAAGAAUUUUUUUUCCCAACGGUUGAAAGUUUAAAAUAAUGUAUCCAACUCAAUAUACUAACUUGGAUCCCCUUCCCUGCCUUCCACUCUCUCUCUCUCCUCCCCUUCCCCCUUCCUACCCUACCACCAAAGGGCAAAAUAUCUUUUCACGCCUCUUGUUCGCCGAAAGCAAAAGAGCACAAUUCUCUCUCUCCAAAGAGGAAUCACGAUUGUUAUACCAGUAAUAGCAAAAGAGAUCAAAAUUGUGCAUUCCAUUGGGGACCACAUGUUGUUAUUAUCAUUAUUACUUUGGGGUGGGGUUUGUCUAGAGAAAAAAAACAGGAAAAAAAUUAAAAAGAAAAUCACACGCUUGUUGUAAGCAUGCCCGGGCAAAACUUAAAAGCAAAGUAAAUGAUAUGAUAAAUAAGUAAGGAAAACAAACACCUUGUCAAAAGUAAAAGAUAACCAUUUAAGUUUCACUAUAGUUUAAACAAAAAAAAAAGGCAAAUGAUACUGACUUUAUGGAUUAUGGUGGGAAGGCUUCGUUUUAAAUCUCAUUUCUGAAACUCACGUUUGUAGCAAGAUUGGUAUCUCCUCUCCUUUUUUUUUUGGUCCAUGUUUCCAUAUCCUUUUUCCCUUUUCUUAAAACUUUUAUUUUAUUUUUUAAACGCAAAUUUGCUUUUUAUGGUCCAAAUUUUGAACCAAGAGAGAUGGAGUCCCAACCCAGAUGUUUCUGGAGUUGUUAAAAUGCUGUAAAUUUACUCCCUGGAUUUUCUUUUAUCCUUUCUUUUAUCCUUUUUUUUUUAAAAAAAAAAUCUGUCUUAAUGUCACAAAUUGUUGCACAAAUAUUGCAUAUAUA